UCUGUGUCAAGUGUUGACGACAAUAAUAAUGUUCAAAUUAUAGACCGCUUGAAGAUAAAAUUAUCCAAGAUAUAAUAUAGAGAUUGGCCGACUGAAAGUCCAGUCAAGAUUCGUGUCUGGCUCAAUAGCUACCUAAAAGAGUUUUCAAUUAAUAUACAUAUUUUUUUUUUUUCUCAAUAAAUGUUUAAUGAUUAUUCAAAAUGACCGCUAAAAAACCGAACGUUAUAGACAAUUCGCUGGACGCGAUUUUGAUCAAACUAGGGGAUUUCGGAAAAUAUCAAAUUUAUGUAUUUACUUUAGUAUGUGUAGCUGUAGUUUUACAUUCGAUGGUUUAUAUUGCCUAUGUAUUUACUGCAAUGGAUUUAGAUUAUAGGUGUAGAAUUCCAGAAUGCGACUCUCCAAUAAUUCCAGAAUACCAACAACCCUGGCUAGGAAACUCGAUCCCAUACACAAACCGUCGCCCCGAUAAGUGUUCGAGGUACGUGCCAUUCAAAAACGAUACUGGUUUAAAUAAUUGCACAUUGGCAGACUUCAACAUGGAUAUUGUGGAGCGAUGUCAAGAUUUUGUUUAUAGUGGAGUGGAGCAUACAAUUUUGAAAGAAUACAAUCUUCAGUGUGACAAUAAUUUAUGGAAAUUAACAAUGGUUGGAACUAUUAAUAACAUCGGCCAAUUUUUUGGCCUGAUGAUUUCUGGAUUUAUAUCAGACAAGUAUGGAAGAAAAGUUGUUCUAGUCUGGGGUGUAGUACUGUCUGGAAUUUGUGGCUGUUUAAGAACCUUCAUGCCCACAUACGAACUGUUUUUGAUAUUCGAAUUUUUAGACGCAGCUUUUGGUUGCGGAAGUUUUAUUUGUGGGUUCGUAUUAGGGGUUGAGCUAGUAGGUCCAGAAAAGCGAAUUAUAGCAGGUACAAUAAUAGCUUCUUGCGGCGCUGUUGGAGAAAUUUUGAUAGCUAUUGCGGCUUGGAGCACAAAAUCUUGGAAGCUAUUGAUUUUGAUAUGCUACGCACCAUCAAUUUUACUUUUAUCUUACUUGUGGCUAUUACCAGAAUCCUUAAGAUGGAAUCUAAGUAAAGGCCGUAUUGCAGAAUGUCAAGAGACAUUGAGAACAUUAGCAAAAGUUAACGGUAAAGAAAUUUCCGAUAAGGAAUUGGAGACUUUGGAUAUUGUGGUUGCAGAAAUCAAUGAACCUGGGAAAAGUUUGGGAAAGUCCAGUUCCUUAUUUAUGGAAGCAUUCACAUCCAGAACAUUGAUGCUAAGACUUAUCGCAUGCUGCAUUUGUUGGGUAACUUGCACAUUUCUAUUUUAUGGCUUGACACUUAACUCAGUGUCUCUAGUGGCUGGAAAUAAAUACUUGGAUUUUAUACUGACAUCUUUAGUUGAGAUCCCAGCAUAUUUCGCCUGUAAUUUUGUCGUCGAAAAAUGCGGACGAAAAAAGACACUUUUCGUCAGUUAUUUGCUUACUGGAGCUGCUUGCCUAUUAUUUAUUUUCAUUCCAAACACUUCAAGGUGGGGUAGCCUCUCCGUUUACCUAAUCGGAAAAUUUGGAGCCACAGCCUCGUUCACAAUCCUUUACGUUAUCACUAGUGAAAUGUUCCCAACUAAUUUAAGAAACUCGUUUAUGGGGACUUGUUCGACAUUUGGCAGAUGCGGAUCAAUGAUAUCGCCACAAACUCCACUAUUGGCAAAACUUUGGGGCCCUCUACCUCUACUUAGCUUUGCUGGAAUGUCUUUGAUAGCUGGUGUUUUGACUCUUCUAUUUCCUGAGACUUUACACAAAAAACUGCCGGAUACUGUUAAAGAAGCUGAAGAUAUUGGUAAAACUGUUAAGAUUGAUGAUUCUCAAUUAGAAGUACCAGAAAAAUCAUAUAUUUUAGAAAAGUAUUUAUUAUGAAACCUAAAAACCUGGUGAUAUUUUUUAAUGUACCUACCUACUUAUAUACAUAGUUAAUAUUAUUAAAGUUAUAGAACACAUAUACAUAUGUAUAUUAUAUUAUUGUAUAAAUGUUUUACUCAAGAAUGUGAAUAAUAAAGCUAACUAAUUAUAUAAAAAUAUGCUACAUUUUGAUCGUUGGUAUAUAAAAUAUCACAAAAACUACCUAUUCAAAUACCUAUCUAUAGUUGUAUAAAAUACUAAAAUGUAUUCAUGUAUAAAAAAUAAGUAUGCCUCUUAAAGUAUAAUCAAUACUUCCUACAUAUAUUUUAAUGGGAAUAUAAAAAAUAAAUUUAAUCUACGGUCUCUAUUCACCUAACACGUUCGCAAAUAUCACAUUUAUAUUUUGAGCAGGUAUAGGUACCUACUUAAAAAUACAUUUACGUAUGCGGUUAAAAAUUCAGUCAUAAACGAUUUCAUAGAAAUACAUUUCUUCAAUUUUUAAGUGCGAUAAAGUGAUUAGAAUUAUUCAUCGGAAUAAUCAUAAGGACGUCUUAUCUGUCAAUGUAUCAAGUGUUAGCUAAGAUUUUCAAAUUUUGGCGGAUAUUCCUUUUGAUCAUAGUCAACCGUCAGAUCUUUUAAUUCUUGCUCUGCUAAACAACAGUUUUCCAAUGUGAGUGGUUCUUUAGGUUCGAGUCUUUUCUCAAAAUACCACAGCCACAAAAGACUAACAGCCAUCAUAGCUGAUGUCAUACCAAACGUCCAGACUGUUCCAUAUUCUUCGUAGACGUGAGUAACGAAUACUGGACCCAUUACUCUGGAUAAACAACCAGAGCCUGUCAUUAAACCCAUCCAAACGCCCU